AUGGACGGAGGUGGCCGCCUUUCCCCUCAGGAAGCCUAUGCCGGCGUGUUAAUGGGAGCUACGGCUUGCGAUGGUCAUUUCGCUGACGAUGAAGUGAAUAGCCUAGUCAUCGCACUGGCGAGGAUGAAACUUUACGAACGAAUGUCAGACAAACAGUUCGGCCAGAUGCUCGACAAGCUGCACGGGGUCAUCAAGAAGAAAGGGGUCGAGUUUUUGAUUGAAGGGUGUGUUGAACAAUUACCGAAAGGACUGGAGAAAACGGUCUUCGCGAAUGCUUGUGACAUCGUUCUGGCGGAUGGCGUUGUCGAGGAUGAUGAAAAGGCAUUCAUCGAGAGCCUCCGCAAGAAACUGCAGAUUGAAAGUGGGACAGCCAAAGUGAUCGCAGAGAUCAUGGUUGUCAAAAACAAAGGUGAGAAUGAUGGCCCCCAUCGACUCGGUCUAUUCAUCGCUAUUGGAGUCUCCAUUCUAUUUAUCGUUCUUCAUUUCUUGCGUGGGCAGUCAGAAGAUUUUGGGCUGACAAUCGCCUAUCUCAUCGUAGAAGUUACUUUGGUUUCGAUUGUGAUCUGGCAAGCUUGCGAUCCCUUUGCGGAUGCAGCUCAAUGGGUUGGGCAGAAAUUACAUCUGCCCGGGUCUGUCCGUGGAGCGACUCUGGAUGCCGUGGCCAGUUCGAUGCCGGAACUAUUCAGCGGAAUUUUCUUCGUCCUGCUGGCCUUGCGGGCAGCCUACGGAGGGACUCCAGAAGCGCUCGUCGAGGCGGGAGCAGAAGGUUACGGCUCGACGAUUGCCACUUGUGCAGGGAGCGCGGUCUAUAACAUGAUUCUCAUUCCUGCCUUUUGUGCACUGGCGAUUGGAUUAACCAGAAAAGAACGUCCUACAAUCGACGUUGAAGAUGAGGUCAUCUCGCGCGAUGGAAUCUGGUUCGUCAGCUGCGAAAUGCUGCUCAUUCUGUUUUUGUUUCAGAACACCAUGCACUGGUGGAUGGGACUCAUACUCCUAGGACUUUAUUUCGUUUACAUCUAUCAACUUUAUCGGGACGCCAAGUUGUUCCGCCUAAAAAAGGCUGCCAUCAAGUUAUACCUCGAAGAACAUGGAACCGAGGUUGAAGUCGGUCGCGUUCUGGAUGCGUUAGAUGAGCAGGGAAUCAGCGUUUCCCGAGGUGUUGUGACGCUGGCCAAAGAGGAAAUUCAAAAGGAGAUCUCGCGCGAGGAACUGGAACAGGAAGAAAUUCCGGAUGAUGCCGGGGUGCUGUUUGGAUAUUUCGCGAUUCCAUUAACCGGUCUCACCACGACACUCAUUCUCGCGGUGACGACUCUGAUCUCGGCUGCCGCCUGUUAUUUUCUGGUUGAAGCCACGAUUGAAACCGCAGAAGCACUUGCCGUGCCCGCCUUCUUUGUGGCAGUCAUUGUCGCUGCCGCGGCCUCAUCAGUGCCGGAUACGUUGCUGGCGAUAGGAGCUGCGAAGCGAGGAGACGAUUCGGGAGCUGUCUCCAAUGCAUUCGGCUCAAAUAUCUUCGACAUCUGCGUUUGCCUGUCGAUUCCGCUGUUGGUGAACAGCUAUCUGACUGGCUGGCAACCGGUUGCGUUGCUGCAAGACGGUAAACCAAUUGCUGGGUUGGUCGGUUUGAGAAUCCUGCUGGUUGUGCUGACGAUUAUCACACUACUGGUGAUGUGGCAUAACCGUCAGUUGACCGUGAAGAAGGCACUCUUUCUCUGUGGGCUCUAUGGAGUCUUUAUCGCCUAUGCAGUGCUGGGAUCGUUGGGGAUUCUGUUUUAA